CGUAGACAUAAUUGAUGGGUUCUAAAAUUUUGAGAAAUGAACAUUACAUAUCUUAAAAUAUGAUAUUUCUUGAUAAAACGCGAUCUAAGUAAUCUAAAUUAUUUUUAAUCUAUAUAAAUUUUACCUACCUACAUUUUAGUGGUUUCAUAAUUUAAAUCAGUUUUGUCUUCAAUAAAUCAUGUUUUGGCACUACCGAGGUAUUUAAUUAUAGAAGUUAGGGGAAGGAAACGAUUGAUAGUGAUAUUGUAAAACUAUACUUUCUGGGUCCAUUAAUUAACACUUCACAUUUUCUUUCUUCACUCCGGCACCGGACAGGGUAGAAAUCGUUUCAUCAAGCGCCCAUUGGAUGUGCCAACUCUUAAAACGGAGUUGUUGCUUUCUUUAUGGUCUACUAAUCAUUAAUUAUGUGAUAAGUUCCUUGAAUUCUGUGCUAGAAUGCCCACACAGCGUAGUGUUAAGAAUGUCGGUGUGACGCAUUCUAAUAUUUCUUUGAGUGAUUGACACGAAAUGUAUCGAGUUAGCUUUUUCGAUAAGCUUCUGUGAGGUAGACAACACUACAGUAAAGUUCUCACGUCCACUUGACCGGAAUAGCGUAUAUUUUAAAGAUUCCACUAAUUCUUCAGUUACGCAGACGGUUGUUACACAGAAUCACUCCAAUUUUAUUUCAAAAUAUCCAUGCGAGAUUUUAAGAAUAAUUCAAAUAUAACGCCAACCGCACUUGAUAAAAUCGCGACAAAAAUACCUAUUUUUUUUCUUUUUGUUCAAUUUAGGCGUUGAUGUCUCAUGUCUCAGCUUGAUGUUGUCAAGAAAAAAUUUUAUUGAUUGCUGACACGGUUGCUGAUUUAAAUAUUUUAAUUAAUUCCCAGUUUUGUAUAUUUAUCAAUAAAACAAUAAAAUCUGCAAUGAAUUAAGAAGCAUCAUGUCCUGUGGAAAACGACCCCUCGUUAAGGAUUGGGACAAGUCCAAGAAUAUUCGGGUCAUUACCCCCUCCCGAUAUGAACAGGAUGAGGCGUCUGUCAAGCAACACUGGAAAAAAGUUAUUCGAGACUUGGAAAUGUCUUACAAAGAUGAACAGUUUUGGGAUUCGCAGUGCGAUACAGUGCGUGAAUUAGUGGGUCCUGUAAUUUUCCAACGUAUCGCCAAGAUAUUCAAUUUGCCCGCUGACGCCAAGAAAUAUGUGCCUAAAUCAGAUAUCACAUCUCUCGUGCCAUCGGAACAGUAUUAUAAGUGUGUUUCAGAGUCACGAAUUCAAUUAAAUCCCACGUAUUCUAUAAGUGACUUUGAGUUAUCAGUUGAGGAAGAGAGUGUGGCUAACGAACAAUCUGAGCUAUGGAGUACAUCAUCACUGCGUUCGGACUCUAUGGAAUUCAAGAAAGGUGCCCGAAAGUCUGUGGCCAGGACAAAGUCUUUUAACAUAUCCAAAUCCAUUUCGAGACAAGUGCCAGCGAAGUCCGCAUCCAAGUUUACUCCAACUCUCUCCAAGUCUUUGAAAUCGAUUCGAGGCAAUUCUAGUAGAUUUAUGAGUAUUAGAUCGGAAAUGAGGUCUGGGGGCACAGAUGAAUCUGCUAAUUCUGAAGAUGAUCUUAAGGUGCACCCCAUAAGUGUUCUAGGUAAAAGUAAAUAUUCCAAGAGAGACAUGAUUAAUCCGCACUUCACAAUGCUUUAUUGCAACAAAUCGGAAACCGAUAUGAUCAAAUGGAAAUCUAAAUAUAAACAGAAAACUUUUGAAGUAUCAGCGUCCGAUGAAUUCAGUAAAAAAGCUGAAAUAAUGACGAAACAGAUUUCAACAGAAUUUUACGAUUGGUGGGUUUCCCUUGGAAAUGUGGAAUUUAAAAGCGAAAUAAAACGUCCAGGGGACAUUGAGGAUCUAUUUCAGGUUUGGUUUGAUGAACAUGCAUCACGAGGUCUCGUAUUGGAUCCAAAGAUCCUACCAUGUGUCUUGCAAAGUGUUGCUAAUUAUGUUGGAGUACCUCAAGCGUCAUGUCCACGCGUGUUGAAGAGACAGAUUGCAUACGAUAUACACGCUGAAAUCAGCCCAGCCCAUACCACGGCAUUUAACACUUCCUUGCCGCAACAUCUGAAGCAUAUUCCUCCGAAUAACAGCACCAAAGAGAUUUGGCACAGUCUCAAGAUUCCCGAGGAUCUUCGCUCGAUGGCUUGCGUGUGGGAUGAUAUUCAGCAUCUCACUUCUACGAAAGCUUUCCAGUCCUGGCUGCAACAGCGACCGCAUCUGCCCAUGCCUCCUUGCCUGAAGCCGGAUGAAGCAGCUGCAGAAAAGAAGCAGCUGUUUGUCGUGCCAUCCGAUUACGUCGUCAAAGACAGGAGUAGUUCAUCGUCGGCACAGGAACUGGCCCUCCCAGUGUCACAGUUCUCGUUAGAACUGAAGGAAGUGUUGAGUAAACUACUUAAUCAAUGAGUACGUGUGCGUUAUUCAGGUUUGAUAUGUCAUCGCGAUUACUAUAUCCUUUUGUCUCUUUAUUUUUUUUUUUAGUUCAGUUUAAGUAUCUUUUUUGUUUAUCCUUUUAGUUUUUGGCUGCAAUAAAUGCUCAGUUCCAGUUCAUUCAGUGUCAUUUCUUUUCAAUUGAUCUUUAUUAACCAGUUAAAAUAAACAAGUAUUCGCUGCAGA